AUGGCUCGCGCACGCGCUAUCGAGACCAGGCUGGAGAAGCUGGUGCCGGCCUUGGAUGAGUACUACACAAGCGGCUUCCUCACUCGCGAAGAGACGGUCGAGGUAUCACGGCAGCGCCAGCACUGGGAGUUCCGUCUCGUUGCCAAGCCCCUUCUCCUCCUCGAUGUUCGCGAGGCCAUCACGUACGAGCUGGGACUCGAGAAGCGCCUCCGCGAGUACUGCAUCUACACAAAGCUCAACUUGCAGCACCGCUGGGACAUUGUUGACCGCAUCGAGGGCAUCUACAAGAUCGGUCUCAAGCACCUGCGCAAUAAGGCGGAGCACGAGGCGUUACGGCAGGAGUGCGUGCAGUUCAUGAAGCAGUUUCAGCGCAACGGAAGCCUCAGCAACCUUUACGGCGAGCUCAUGGUGAUGCACCCGCGGCGCAGCGACAUCUGGGUAGAGGCAGCGGAAUGGCAGGGAUUCUCGCAGCGCAACACAGACAACGCCCGUGCCAUCAUCCAGCAGGCGCUGCUGACCAUGGCGUCAGAGCCCGUGGUGUGGGCCUGUGCGCUGCAUGUGGAGCUGCAGUUUGUGCAACGUCUGCUCGAAGGACUGUUGGCUGAGCACCGAGAGGAGGCUCGGAAGGCCUGCAGGCGUGCAUCGAAGGAGGCCGAGAACGGCGAUGAGGAGAACCGCGUCGGCGAUGCCAAGGCGCCAGCUGAGGUGGAGCCUACAUCGACGAUCGCGCCGAAGCUGCGUGCUGAAAAUGAGGCCAUGGCGCAUGCGCUGCUCGACCUUGCUUUAGCCAAGACAGUUGUGGAGGAGGCCUUUGACAGCCCUGCCAGUGGGGCGGUGCUGCUGGAGCGGCUGCUGGCGGUCGCGGGCACCUACGCCUUCUCGCGCGAGGUUGUGGAGCUCGCCGUGACCACGGCGGCGCACAAGAUGGCCGAGGCGUGCAGCGGGUCUUCUGACGUUACAGUAGAGGCAGCGCGUGUCUGUGGCGCUCGCGGCGCGUCGGCCUCGUCUUCUCUCACCAUUGCAUCCGACCAGCAGCGGCUUCGUGUGCGCACGCAGUGGCGUCACCGCCACAGCGUCGACACUGUCUUUGCGCACUACCUCGCCCUGGAGGAUUUGGUCAUGAACCAGUACCCGCAGACCAUAGUAGACACCGCCACCUACCUUGCCGAAGGUGGCAGUGGAGUCGGCGCCACCGCCAAGCGGCGAGGCCAGCAGAGGCCGCAUCAGCCGUCGGCUACCAGUGCCUCACUGCUGACCCCGUCACAGAAGGACCGACGUCAUGCUGCAGUCAAGGCAGUCGUUUCACUUUUGACGUUUUCGUCCUCUCCGACCUCUGUGCUGGCGGACAUGCCUGGCGUCGUGGAGGCUGACACGGACUCAACGAAGCGCUUCCCGGCUGUGCGGCAAGCUUUCGUAGGGGCUCUGCGUCACCUCGCCACUGUAUCGACUGAGGGGGUGUCCCGGGUCUGCGCGCGUCUGCUGCGAACCCCGACCGUCACUGCUGCCAGCACCGCAGCGGUGGCGACGGCAAGCCACCGCAACAAGGAGGAGGUUCCACAGCCACGCGCAACACUCGAUCUCGCGGAGGUGGCCCAGUGGCUCCUGGGUGAGCUGCAACUCGACAAGGCAACCCUGCAGGCGUGCGUUACGGAGCCGCGAAAGCGCACUGAGAGACUCUUGAGGAAGGUGGCUUUGGCGGCUGAUAUGCACCCACCUGCUAAGUCGCGCGCCAGACACGAGGCCCCUGCUGGCUCGGCCGCUGCUGCGGCGCUCAUGACGUGGUCGGUAGUGCAGCUGGAACGAUUUUUGCAGGCGGACGACAGGGAUGUGCUAGUGCAAAGCGCCGGCGGUGGCGCCGGAGACUCUACCAAGAUUCCGCCGUGCUCGCCGCUCAACACCGCUGCUGCGAUGACCGCCGAGGAUGUGGAGCGCUUCAUUGUGUGGUGGAAGAAGGAAGAGAAACUGCUGCGUGGAAGGCAGGAGACGGGUGACUCGGGCGAUGCAUUGGCCGCUUCACGAGCGCGCCGCCGUAUGGCGGUGAUGAAGCUGCUACACCAGCACGACCUCCUGCCUUCUGUGGACCUGCCUACUGCUGCUGUGGAGACAAAAAAGCGCCGCAACAACAGAAAGAAGACGCCGAACCGUGGCAGUAGCGACGCUACUAGUGAAGGCGCAUGGGCAAAGACGCAGGGAGUGCUGCUGAAUCGAUCUAGUGCACUGCAGUUCGUUCCAGCUGUGGGCACAGCCUCACCAGCACGACUCCCGCUCUCUCUGUGGCGCGUUUUUAGCGCCUUGGAGACGUUGGAGGGCCCGAUGCAGAUAAGCGAGAAGGCCUCCUGGACUCACGCGGCGGUCUCGCACAGUGGCAGCAACAGCAGUGACGACGAUCGAGACAGUGGGACUGGUGGUAGCGGCGUCGCAGCGAGGGGCAGACAUGCGGAGAUAUCCUCUUCUAGCACGUGGCUUACCAGCUUUGCCGCAGCUGGGCUGUUCUUUUUGGGUGGGGUACCGUACAGCACCCUCAGCCACGAAGAGGAGUGGGUGCGGCUGGAGGGCGUGACCUCGCUGCUGCAGUGUCGACUGUUCUCUUGGCUGGGAUGUCGUGUGUGCACCCGUGACACCGUUGCCAAGGCACUGCGGCUCGCUGAGAGCGGCCUAGCAGAGGCUUGGAUUACCGACCUGCAUGGACUUCUGAAGUUGGCGCAGCGGUGUCAGCCGCUGCCCCGCUUCGCGCAGACGCGCUGCGUACUUCCAUUUUUAGAAGGCGUUGCGCUUUUCCGCUCUGCGUCUGCAUCCGCGGCAGCCUUAUCUGGUCAGGCAGGCAACUUGCCUUUGCCUGCCAAGGCCUCCAGCGAUGCUGUGCGGGCGGUGCGAGAGGCGUAUGAGGUGCUGCUGAAGCUCUACGGCGUCUCCAAACACCCUGAGUCGUUUCUUCCACUUCUGUACGACGGUACCUCGGCCAACAAGCUUGCACAGCAGGCAAGCACCACGUCGAGCGUGAGUGGCAAGGCGUCGACGGCGGAGGUGCAGCAGGCCAACGCGGAGGACUGGGUGGCGUACGUGUGGUUCGAGCGCACGAUAUCCAAGGAUUUGUUGAGGGCCAAGACGGUUGUGGAGCAGGCGCGUCGGGAAGCGCUCGCACCACAGAUCUUCAUGGUGAGGCUGAACGCGCUGUAG